UCAUGCUGCUGCCAGGUCCAGAGUGUGUCAUGGGUCCCUGUACGGCCUCCCAUUGCUGCUGUCUCCAUCGCCACACUCUGCCAUGUGCCACUUUCAGGUCUCCUCACACUGCUGCUGUGGGGUUCCAUUUUGUCAUAGGGUGCUGGCAGAUUACGGGCCUCCCAUUGCUGCUGCCAGGCCCGUAAUCUGCCAUGGGCCCCUGUACCGCCUCCUCAUGCUGCUGCCAGGUCCAGAGUGUCUCAUGGGUCCCUGUACGGCCUCCCAUUGCUGCUGUCUCCAUCGCCACACUCUGCCAUGUGCC